CGAGCUCAAAUACUAACGUUUGUCCACUUAAAAGGAGGAGGAAGCGAUUGUUUAACUUCUAAAGAUCUGACGGUGGAGAGGCUCCCAUAUCGUAGCGUAUGAUUUGCGCGUGAAGAUACCACGUUCGUUUAAAGGAUCCUCUUUAUCCCUCGUAGGGUUUUUGGCCUUCUCAGUUCUCCCCAUUCUUCCUCGCCUUCGCCCCUUUGGAGACCGAGACAUGGAGCCUCUCUGCCGCACCGCCCACCGCCACCCUUUUCACCUCCCUCUCUUCUCCAAACCCCUCAUCUCUUCUCCUCCGCUUCUUAAGCCCUUCCCCUGCUCCUCCUCGACGAAACCGUGUCCCUCCCUCCGCGCGUCUUGCUCCUCCAAAUCAUCGUCGAAUUCCCUCGCGCCCGUCAUCAAGAUCGCUUCCGUCGCUGCAGCCACCUCCAUCGCCGCGGCUGCCCUCUUCCUCGCCCGCCUGUGCCCACCCGCUCUCGCCGCCGCCGCCGCCGCCGCCGCCGCCGCCGCUGCCCCUCCCGCCCCCGCCGUCCAAUCCGAUGCCCUGCCCUCCGAUGCCUCCUCCGAGACCACCCCCCUCACCGAGGCGGAGAAGGAGCGGAUCCUCGAGGAGCGACUGGACUCCCACCCCGACGACGUCCGGUCACUCCGCGCCCUCAUGGAGCUCAAGGUCAAGGCUGGGAAGCUCGCCGAGGCCAUUGGCAUCGUCGACCGGCUCGUCGCCCUCGAGCCCGCCGAGAAGGACCUCCCUCUCCUUAAGGCCCACCUGCAGAGCUACGAUGGCGACACGGAGACUGCGAAGCGAGGAUUCGAGGAGCUCCUCGAGAAAGACCCCUUCUUGGUUGAGGCCUAUCACGGGCUCAUAAUGGCCACCUCGCAGUCGGAGGACGAUGGCGACCUCGACGCCAUCUUGAAGAGAGUCGAGGACGCGAUGGAACUGUGCAAGAAGGCCAGGAGAAAGGAGGACUUGAGGGACUUUAAGCUGCUGAUGGCACAAAUUAGGGUUAUAGAGGGGAGGUACGAGGACUCGCUUAAGAUAUAUAAGGAACUGGUGAAGGAGGAGCCAAGGGAUUUCCGGCCUUAUCUUUGUCAGGGCAUCAUAUACACAUUGUUGAGGAAGAAGGAUGAGGCAGAAAAGCAAUUCCAGACGUACCGGAGACUCGUCCCAAAGGGCCACCCUUAUGCACAAUACUUUGACGAUAACAUGAUUGCGAUGAAGGUCUUCGGGCAGAUGGAUGAAAACAGAAGAAAGGCUGCACUGAAAAAUUAGAAGGGUUUGAUGGUCAAAUAAUCGACCGAAGAGAUUAAAUUAAGUAAAAGAUGGGCUUUGGACAAAUUUGGAGCAAAUGAUCUAAUUUUCAUGAUCUCUGUUAGGUCAGCAGAUUUCAUUUUAAGAACUCACUAGAAAAGUUGUUUGUUUUGUUAUUUUAGAUAGUAAGAAGAGGUGUCUAAUAGUACUGCUUUAAUGCACAUGAUGAGUUUUCUUUUCCA